AAUUAUUUUCUGUCGUUGUAGCAGUGUGCUCUAUUUGUUGAAAGUGGGGACCAAUUAUAUAAGUCAAAAACGUGCACACAAAAGUCAUAACGCAUUGCGCCAUAACUUUAGUGUAUUAGUGUCGUCGAAACAGAUCAUUCCAAUUCCAGUGAGUGAUGUCCUUGUUGGAAGUUUAACUUUUGUAAACUUUUGUUAUCAAAGAAAUGGACGACGAGAAAUUGAAAAAUUGCGAAGUAGUUAUCGAAGAUUUCCUCUUUAAACUACCAAAAUCAUCGACUUCUCCGACAACUGUCAAAAUGGAUUCCAAUAUAAGAAGUCGACGGCAAUCGAUUCGACUACAAGACAAAGGCGUUCCUUCUAUGAGAGAAACAACGCCGAAGAAAUCAAAGAAAAGACCAAAAACUCUAAAAACUGGAAAUGUUCAAAAACCAAUUGAGUCAAGCGUCGUCGCUGCAAAUGGCACACAAAAUGGCCCUAAUCAACUGGAACUGUCUGACAAUGAAAUUUUGGAAAUGUUGGGUGAUUUUGCAACAUUUAUCGAAGAUGGAGUUUGGAAUCUGAAAUCAGACAUUUUCAAUAUUGACGAAGCUUCCGCUACUGAAGCCGCCCAAUCUGCAAUGUCAAAACCGAUGACAUCGGCACCGGCGACCAGAGAACAUGACUAUGACUACAGUGUAUUGCAGGCAAUAACUUCUCAGACUCAAACGUUGGUCGAACAAAAACGUUCCAUCUGUACAGAAACUGAGCCGCCUGUUCUUUAUUCCACCACUUGUCAAACUGAUUCGGUUCAACGGCGUUCUGUCGCAACGCAAACAGACUUUGAUCAACGUUCACAGUCAACACAGACUUGCUUGGAUAAUCAAAGUUCAAUCUCAGUUCAGACUAAUUUUGGUGACCAUUCAACGGCGUCUACCAACACUGAUGCCGAUUCAGGACGGAAUGCUUUGAAAAGAAAAAGUUCUUCCAGCAGCGCUGACCCGAGUAAGUGCCAGAUAUUCAUAAAGAACUAUGAUCUGACCAAUUGUUCGGUGAACCGUGGAGUGUUUGACUACAAAAUUCCAAAGCAUUCGACUAAUCGCGACGUCGAUUCCGGAAGACCAAAAUCAGUACAUCCCAAAUUACCAAGAGAGAAAUCGUCAACAGACGCUCCUAAAUUACGAAAGGACCUUUUUCCGACGGAAGCGUCGCAACAGCUACGACCGAAGAGCGAUUUCGAGUUGAUGAAAAUGGAAGUUUUCAGUGUACUUCAGCGACCGUGCUUUAAAUUCCUGAGACGUGAAAGCUGCGGUCUAUCUUGCAGAUCGAAUCACUUUUUACCGCCUGCUGCCGAUGUAGCUGUGGCUAUUCAAAACUGGUCCAAUGAACAGAUUCAUUUUCUUUAUCUCACCUAUGUUCAACGAUACAAGAUGUGUCAUCAGAUGUACUUCGAUGUUAUUUGCAAUGCCUUUGUCGAAAGACGGUCACCAGAGAAUAUAAUAGCAACCAUUAAGGAUUGCGAACGAUUGGCUUUGGAAAGCCAAUUCAUAGUUGUCAUGUUCGCCUUGAAAAAAUGCGGCUACACGGAUGACGACGCCCUGUUUGUAAUAUGCACCCAUGCUAACCGUUCUCGGAACGCGAUCAACGAAAUUUUAAAGGUCAUUGUCACCUUCAAAAUGGCAAAUUUUAAGCGGACUAUCGCUUUCUUAUCCUCCGAAAUGGAUACCAUUGAUUUUGAUCCCUAUUUUGGCAAUGAGAUUUUGAAACAAGCCGUCGAAAUCGAAACACUUGAUGUGAUUUCCCUAAACUUUUGCUACGGCAUUGUUCGAAAGUACAGUUGCAUACUGAACGCUCAUUACAUGAAGACACUUCUGUUGAAAAUGUAAAAUUAUUGAGGUUACAUUGACUGUUAACGUUGGUGACUAUUAUUAUUUUUUCUAUGAAUAAAAGCUCAUGGGUGUUCUU